AUGUCUGAAGGCGACAAGAACGCUGGGGUGUCGCAAGACAGGGCAGCAGGAGUGGAUAUCGUGCUGGCGUCACACCUGAAGCCUCUAGAGAGAAAGGACAAAGUGGCCAGGAAAGGGAAGGAGCUGUGGAAUCCGUGUGCGAGGCCCGCGCAGGGCGGGCAGGCCAGCAGCGAGGACAUGGCCCAGGAACUACAUCAACUGCCUGGAACCUCUGCUGAAUUUUACAGAGAUUGGCGCAGAUGCUUAAAAAAUGGAAAAGAAAAAUACCAGCUUUUGCUUAAACUUGAAGGCAAGGCCUUGGGCAGGAUCUUUCAGGCUGACCUAGGCUUUGGGCUCCUGGGUGAGUUCCUGACGGUGCUGGCGGAGCACGUCUGUYGCGAGGACAGAGACGCCGUCCUGCAGAUCCUGCAGAGCCUUUCGAGCACCCGGCGCUUCGGCCUGAACGUGGAUCUCCUCAGCGACGCGGAGAGGGAGAGCGGCAGGGCUCUGUUCAGCAAGCUGCAGAGCAUGAGCACAGACGAUCCGASCGCCGCGCCGCGCCGAGCACAGGGAGAAGCCCAGCUCCCGAGCAGCAGCUUGCUGAAGGGAGCCGAGGAAACGGCAGUGCUGGAGCUGAUGAAACGUUACCAAGUUGGCUGAAGGAGCAGAAGCAAAAUAGCCAUGCAGGAACAAAAGGGGGUCCCAGCUCGGCUGUGUCCUCAGCUGCUGUGACAGGGACUCGCAGAGAGAUGAGGCCCGUUUGGAGUGCUGCUGACUG